AGAAAAUAACCUAACAUGGAUGUUGGACGUUUAUUCGCUAGAACCGCUGUAGAUCAUUCAGUGAUCGAGUUUGAAGACAGAAAACCUCUGAUUUGCGCAGUCUCUCAUAAAAGACGGGUCAUGCGUGAUAUUCGUUCUUCUACUGAGAAAUUGUAUCGAGAGUGUAAGAACGCACCACAUCCCAAGACUAUACACACAAAGAUAAUCGGCAGCAGGAGGUUAGCCGAACCAAAUUCUUUCUUCGGUAACGACAUGGUGACCUGGUUAGUCGACAAUGGCUGGAGCAACACACCCGAGAGUGGACUUUUCCUUUGCAGAGAAAUUCUCUUCUCCAACAAAAUAAUAGAACCUGGUUAGUUGUGGUUUUCAUCUACUCUUAAAGUUAAGUACAAAAUCCAGCACGGUACAUUGGUACAACUUAUAUUUAAAAUGGAACUUCCAGAGCGGUGAGCACCGGCACAUUUCUGAGUAUGAAAUAUUAUUUGACACAAUGACAUAGUGAUAUUUGAUAACUAGUGCAACUGUUUCGCUCUUUUUUGCAGUGUAUCCAUUUAUCAAGAAGUUCGUGAGCGACACAGUGUUGUACAAGUUUUCACGUGAUAAUAAGGAGAGAAAAGAAGCAACCCCUCGCAGAGAAAACACUUUUAAAAUAGCAAAAGAUAUUUGUUUGAGGAGGAUGCAGGACCACAGCAGACGAGGAAGCAGACACAGCAGCGGCGGUGACGGUGACCCUCUAGGACUCAGUACCUCCUCCACUCACUCCAGUACCCUGGGUUUAACCGCCAGGUUCCGGAGGAGCUCAAGCGGAGGAAGUACUCCUAAUAGUACUGAGUCGGGGAGAAUUUAUAUUGCUGGUAACAUGUUGUUAUCAAUGAUAGAUAAAGGAUGUGAUGGUGAAUUAACGAGUCAACUUAUGUUGAGAUACGGUUUCAUCUCCCCAGUUAUAUCAGAUUCGAUAACCUCAAGGGACAUGAGUCACAAACAAGUGUUUUACUCUCAAGAAAAAUACAGGUUCUCAGACAAAGUUGUCAGAGCAGUGAGCAGAUUAGCAACGAUCAGCUCAGCCAGAUCAAGGAAACCAAGCGUAAUGAUGGCAGCUGUUAACCGGAGACUAAGUCAGGAGAUUUCCCCCGACCAGAAAGGUUCGUACACGACUCUGCCUCGGACAAAGGAAUACGUUCUCGAGAAACCCAAUAUGAUGACUCUCGAUAAACCACAUUUUUUCACCAUGAAAACACCGACAGUUCACGAAUCGAGGGUUAUCAACAUUCAAUCAAACAGUCGGCGAUUAUCAAUGGCUGAGCCAAAAAAACUUUCUCUUUUAGAAAAGUUCAGAAAAACCAGCAAGUGAUGCAAAAUCACAAUAUUUUGUGGAGGUGAAGAGAUUAUUCAAAUUGGAGUAUGGAGUAUGAUGUUUGAUAUAUCAGUAGUGAUUAGACGGU